GGUAAUCAUUCUAUAAAUAAAGUAUUGACAGCAUAGCAUAGACUUGACUUCUGAGUUCGAAAAACAAUAAGCAUAAGAAAAACUUCCAAUUACAAUGCGUAACUAGUUAAAGCCAGUCCAGCCAGGUAUGUGAGUGCACGGAUCAACCAAAACUUCGUGGAAAAUACACAACUCCCUUCUCCCGCAGUUUUCAAGUGAUUCAGUUUGUGUAAUUUGGUUUUUAGUGUCAAAGUACUCGCAAAUAUCGCAAUUCGCAUGAUUUAUAAUCUAUUUGAGCCUCAUAUUCAGUUGCCAGCUUAAUACAGGACUGUUAAAGCACUUCCUGACUGAACAGAAGUGAUAGGCACCAUCAAUGUGAUAUGGCCAUCCUGUUUCUUUUAUUUUAUGCAUGGUUUGUGUGUUUAUUUGGCUAUGUAGGUGUUGUUGUGUGAACUGUUCGGUUUGUGUUAAAGUUUAAUUUUCCACCAUGCAGUCGUGUGUGGGAUUGGAGGGCCACAAUAUGGGCUCAGUCUGGAAAAGGCUGCAAAGAGUUAAUAAACGAGCUGCCAAGUUCCAGUUUACUGUGUCCUAUCAUCAGCUUUCAGUGGACUUUAGCUCAAAAUGGCAACCUCAUCGAUUAUCACUGGUAUGGUCGCGAAGGUCCAGAAGAGUAAGUUCCAGCCCUGCGGCUUGGGAACCAACCCUACAAAACCCUUUUAAAGGGUUGGUAGUUUGGGCCGUCCCAGAAAAUCACCAAGUAGCGAUAACACUGUUUAAAGACCCACGGACAAACGAGUUAGAAGAUAAGGAUUGGACUUUUAUACUAGAAGAUGUGCCAACGGCAGGAAAAAGACGCCAAUUGGCGACAGCACAUUUAAACAUGAGAAAAUACGCUAGUGUGGAGUCUUCGCAAACCGAACUCCAAAUUGUCUUCAAGCCAACAACUAAAAAAAUCACUGGAGCUAAAUUAGACCUUACACUCUCCUGUGUAUUCUUGCGAGAAGGACGAGCAACCGAUGAAGACAUGCAAUCGAUGGCGUCUUUAAUGUCAGUAAACAACAACAGCGACGAUAUAGCACAUUUGGAAGACGUGGAUGAUGAAGAUUAUUCUCAAAAUUGUAGUUUGAUGAAGAACAGUCUUCAUGAAGUUACUAAUAAUAUUCAGCAAAUGACUACAUCUUUAAGCUGGUCAGAUUAUGCUGGCACUCCAAUGAGCAUAAACAGUAUACAGUCUUUAUCGCGAGAUGAUAAAACUCCAACGGCCGAAAUGUUUUCACCCAUGCAGGCUAAAACAAAGCUAGUCAAAACAAUGCCACUUCCAAACGCCUCAGAUUUUCAAGAUACCGAACGGGACAUUUACUCAGAAGAAUGUUGUGCUAUUCUAGAAAAUCUUGAAGACUUGGAGGAAGAAGAAUCAGUGGAGAAUCCCAGUGUAGCAAACCUAGUUAGUGUAACUGCAAAAGUUGAAACAGUAACUCCCGUUAAGGAGGAAACGAUUAGUAGGGGCGGUAAUAUAAAAUUACCGCCACUAGAGUUAGAUAGAGAUUUGAUAGAGACUCCGAAAAAUCAACAGAAAUUAACAACCCCAGGUCAAGAUUUGUUGGAAUGGUGUAAAGAAAUGACGAAAGAUUAUUCCGGCGUCAAAGUUACCAAUUUAACUACAAGUUGGAGAAAUGGAAUGGCAUUUUGUGCUCUUAUCCAUCACUUUAACCCCGAAUUAAUAAACUUCGAUUCUUUGUCGCCACACGACAUCAAGGCAAAUUGUAAAAUAGCGUUUGAUGCCGGAGACAAAUUAGGUAUACCAAGAGUGAUAGAGCCUUCCGAUAUGCACAUGUUAGCAGUUCCGGAUAAACUAGCCGUGAUGACUUAUCUUCAUCAACUGCGAGCGCACUUCACAGGUCACCAACUUGAGGUACAUCAAAUUGGCAGGACCUCUGAAGAAAGCAACUACAUUAUUGGCAAAUUUAAUACUGACAAGGAUACUGAUAUCACAAAACAAGUAUUUGGUCAGGAAAUUAUCAACUUGCGAAAGGCUAAACAAAGCCGAAAGUCUACAGAACGUGAUAUGAACAUUGCAAACAGUGAAGUAACUAAAGGCGACCCAUCCAAAUUAAAAUUGCCUUUAAAGAUCACAACUGAGCCAUUGCCUGUCAGGCACAAUAGCAAAGAAAAAUCACCAACAACUGUAAAAGAUGUUAAGGAUAUUUUUUUCAGUGGCUCCAAAAAUAUUAUGAACAAGGUAAUAUCGUCUCCAAAUAAAGACAAACAAGCGAAAAAAACAGAUGAGAAAAAAGUCGACGCACAAAAAUCUAUUUUGAUGACCAGAAGGGAACUCGUCGAUCCAUUUGGCUCUGACGAGGAAGAAGAACCUCUUCCUCCUCCAGUUGCGUCAAAUAAAGGCGAAAGUUUGAACAAAGUUCAAACAAAUGGGGAAAUGAACGGGUCAAUCAGCAACACAGACAGUAAAGUGAAAGAUGAUGUAUUUGCAGAUCUUCCAAAACCCAAUCCGGUUUGGCAAAGAAUUAAAUUGUUUUUCACACGUAUCAUGCAGCAAAUCCUAGUGCGACACUCGGAACAGCGAGAAAGGGCCCGUGCUUUAUUGGAACAGGUGAAAAGAGACAGUUCAACUCCGACUUCGCCUACCAAAUCUGAGGAAGAAAGGCAGAACGAACUCCGCGAACGAGCAAGACGUUUAAUGGCCGAGGUAAAGAAGAGCUCAGGACCUACCACGGAAAUUAUCCGAGUUACUCCCGAAUCUAUUAAGGCAUACGAAGAAGCCGAAGAGAAAUUGACAAGAUUGGGCGACGAAAUUGAGCAUUUAGAAAAACAGAAUAGUACAGAUUCAGAAAAGAACGGGAAUAUCUACUCAGAAAUGACAGCAAAGUUGGAAGAAUACUCAAAAAAAUAUAGCCCAGUAGAUAGUACUGAUCGAUCAGAACGCAUAACUCCAGACAAACUGCCAGAUGACUUAGGACUUAAAGAGAUGGGUAUCGAUGUCCAUUCCUGGAUAGACAAUGAGAUGGAAAACCUGGAAAGAGAACAAAGAACUAUUGAUGAACAGGCCGCGUUAUUGGAGAAACAGUUGCGAUUGGUAAUGGAACCGGGAAAUAGCAAUGGAGAGGAAGAAAUAUUGAUGUCUAAGUGGUUUAUGUUUGUGAACAAGAAAAAUGCGUUGUUAAGACGACAAAUGCAGUUGAAUAUUUUGGAAAAAGAAGCGGAUUAUGAAACCAGGUAUAAACGUUUAAAUGAAGAGUUGAGAGAAAUCGCUUCAAUAGAAGAUUGGAAGAAAACGGAGGAACAACGGAGUCGGGAGCAAGUCCUUUUGGAUGAACUGGUCCAAAUUGUUAAUAAACGGGACGAAUUGGUACAUCAUUUAGAUAGUCAAGAAAAAGCCAUCGAAGACGAUGAGAUUAUCGAAAAGGAUCUCUCGCACAUCGAACUUCCAGCAAAAGACACCAAUUGCGUUAUUUCGUAACCUUUUUCCGUCUAUUCUAGUGGAAAAUUGCACGAUUUUCUAAAUACGAUAUUUAUCUCGAAUAACGUUAAUUAUUAAUCUUAUCGGCUUCUUGUGAUAAUUAUUGCCCAUCUACAUAGAAAUGUAAAAGGAAAUGGUGCAGUUUUUUGUUGUAUAUUUAAUUUAUUAAUCCCUUAUUUAUUUGUAAAGAACCAUUACUUUAAUCAGAAUGCAUUUGGAGCGAGGGCUGACCUGAAUAACCAAUCACAUUGUUCUAAAGUGUAUUUUGUCUACGAUUACCAAGUGAUAUUACAUUAAUUAAUGAAUAUCAACAGCAGAUUUUUCCUUUGGAACAUAUUUUACUGGUCGUGUAAAUAUUAAGUGACGUUGUAAUUAUAUGCCCUCCCUACUUAGUGCAAUAAUCAAUACGUACGCCAAUAUUUGCCAAAAACGCUUAUUUAUGUUGAAUCGGAAAGAGUUGUGAAUUUUGUUACAUUUUUUGAAACAUUUUAGUCUUCCUGGCCUAGCCAAAUUAAAUAGAAAUAAUCAGAAUAUGUUUCUCAGUCCACAUUAAAUUAUUUCUAAAGCAACAAAUUAUUACAUGAAACAUAAUGAAGCUAAACAAAAUCUCGUCAACUUACCUGCUACAAUUUCCUAACUCUACUAACUACAAAAUGUAAUUAAGUAUUUUCAGAAUUCUUAAAACCUCCAUGUGUGCUGUAGUUGGGGUAACCUUUUUCAUUAACUACCUGGCAUUAUAAAGGAACUAGUACAGUUACAUUUCUUUGGUUGUAAAAUGUCGAUGUAGAUCGUUUCUGAUUGCGGAAAUGUUAAAAAAUUUACGAUUCACACUCAAUCUGCGUGUUUCCAUUUGUGGGUGAGAUCGUAGUUGUGAAUUUUAAAAUACGACGUUGUUUUUAUGCGAAAUACAAAUAUAUUUGUUUUAACUUUUUGAUGUUGUAAAGUAUCAGCUUUACGUGUUUCGGUGUAAUAUAAUUUUUAUAUACAUGUAUAUUUAAUUUCCGUUAAUCGUUUAUCUUUAAGUCAAUGUAAAUAAACUGUACAUGUACUAUAAUUUA